GGGGUGAAAUAUCCCUUUUCAGCUAAUUCUAAGAGUUUAUUCUAUUGAUGACUUUGUCAUUUCAGAUUUGCCAGACCGUCAAUUCAUCCUGACUGGAUGCUCUUGCUGUUCUUCACUCACACGCAUGUCACUAUUACUGUUACACUCGGCCUGCUGUUUGUACCCAAGUUUCUCCAUAUGUCACAACCAGGCAGAGAAGAAAUAGCGGCAGAGGUAUAUGAGGAUGAGGUGGACUUGCGACGUUCGUGUUCUUACCUCAACAGUAGCUUCACCUCGAACUGCUGGAGUGACCAAAGUUUGGACCCUGAUGACAUUCGGGAUGAGCUGAAGAAACUGUAUUCUCAGCUGGAAGUCCACAAGACCAAGAGGAUGGCAAACAGCAAUCCCCACCUUCCAAAGAAGCGUAGCUCUCGUCUCAGUAUUGGACGAUCUAUUAUAAAACGUAUCUCUGAGAUCCCAGAAAGUUUGAGCAGACAAUGUAGCCGUGAAGACAAGGAUAUCAGUGCUGCAAUAGGAACUAUAACACGAUCGGGAUCUUAUUACAAAUGUCAUCAAACCACAAGUAUUAACACUAUAAAUGAAACUUUAAUGCAGCCUUCUCCAAAGCUGCGGAAGUCCCAUAGUGCCUAUGAUUGUACCCCAGAAAAGGAAGCCUCUUUAUUAAACUCCUCCAUGAAAAGAUCAACAGAAAAGAGGCACUCACAGCAUUCUGAUGCAGGAUCUAUCAAUACAACACUGCUGAUCUGCAAGUCUGCCAGUGCCCACAAUCUAUCGCUAGAUACUAACCUUUUACUUCCCGAGCCCACCAGGUUUCAAAAGUCACUUAGUGUAAUAGAACGCAAUGACCAUCGCUCUGUGACACCGUGUAGAAGCAUUGAAAAUGUGUCAAUUUCUAUCAAACCUACCCCAGCAGAAAGGCCACCCAAGCUGACUGUGGAUGUUGACAUAAAGAGGCAGACUUCUAGUGCCUUGCUGUCAGAGUCCUUUGACAAGGCAGAGGUCUGCCCAUGGGAGGUUCCAGAGGAGCUCCCUGCAACCAAAAAUCUAAAACAUGUCACAUAUUCCAUCUCAACACAGGAAGAACCAAAAUCGCCUGGUGCUCUGUCAUCACCAACAUUGUUAUACGUUUGUCCGUGGGAAUACCUGCCACCUCCUUCUCCCCCUGCAAUUGAAACUGGGAAUGGUAUUCAGUCAGAAGUUGAUUCCACAAAACCCAAACCUCCAAUAUCUUGUAGUGCUCCUGGGUCACCACAUACAGUUUCUGGCAAGCCAAAAGAAUUUCGGGUUUUCUCUUUCCGCUCCACUACACAAAAUCUCCUUGCAGCAAAGGGUGUUGGGGAACUUGCAAGAAGCAUGAGCAGAGAGAAAAGCCUACAAGAAAGUAACGUUAGGGAGGGAACACUACAAAAAUCUCAGUCUACAUCCAUGAGAUUAUCUCCAGGCAGUGCAGCUUCAGACAAACGUACCCCACAGACACAAAGACGGGCUAUGACUACUAUAGGAACAAAACCUUCCCUUGUGAAACAAACAGCUGUACGGCUGCCAUCAAAUGAUUCUCCCGAAAGGAGCCCCAAGCAUACUGCUCCAGUUCACGUCUGCCCAUGGGAGUCAGAGGAGGUGAUCUUGGAGGUCAAAAAGCAGAAUGAUAUAGCAUUACAAAGACAACUGAGUGACAAGAAAGAAUUGACUGUGACAGCAAGUAACGAUGGUUUAAAGCCAUCUGAGCUACAACUUAAGUCAUUAUUAGUUGUUCCUAAUACAGAAGUGUGUCCAUGGGAUGUCCCAAAACCUUUUCAUCAAAGUAGCAUGUCUGAAGUCUGUCCUUGGGAGGUUGUGGAAGUCGAGCAAUUGCAAACCAAAAACAUGCAAACUGAUGUCUGUCCUUGGGAAACAGACUCAUCAAGGGUUACUGAAGACACAAUAUGCAAUACCACUGUUGAAGUACCCAUGCCUGGAGACAUCCAGAAGCAGGUAAAAGUGAAGCCUGAAACAUCCCCUUCUGAUGUAUCAGAUACAAAUAUACCCAAGGUCAAACAAGGAUCCAUAAAAAUGUCCAAUGAGACAAAGCCUGGUGAAAGGGUUAUUUAUGUUAAUACCAGAGAGUGUCGGUUGGAACAAGAAUCGGCUCAGAAAAGAGGAUUUAUGGAAACAAGUAAAACACUGAAGCAAGAAGAAAGUGAUUUUCCUGAACCACCCCCACCUGUAACUGAUGUAUGUCCUUGGGAUUUAGAGCCAAAUACAAAAGACAAUUCAAAACCCUCAAUGACUAAAAAAGCAACUGUUUGUCCGUGGGAGGCAGGGGAUUCUGAAAAGUCAGAAGAGAGGGAAAGUGCUACAAUCAAGGGGUCAGCAAAAGUACAUCAAAAACAAGAAAGUGUAUAUGCAAAUGUCUGUCCAUGGGAAACAAGCGAGUCUGUUAAGACCAUGCAGAAACAAGAUAGUAUCAGUAGAAAUGUCUGUCCAUGGGAGACACAAGAGUCAGUGAAGACUUUGCAGAAACAAGAUAGUGUCCGUACAAAUGUUUGUCCAUGGGAGACAGAAGACGGGGUAAAAACCUUACAGAAACAAGAUAGUGUCCGUACAGAUGUUUGUCCAUGGGAAACAGAAGAAUCUGUCAAGACCUUGCAGAAACAAGAUAGUGUCCGUACAAAUGUUUGUCCAUGGGAAACAGAAGAAUCUGUCAAGACCUUGCCGAAACAAGAUAGUGUCCGUACAAAUGUUUGUCCAUGGGAGACAGAAGACCAGGUAAAAACCUUACAGAAACAAGAUAGUGUCCGUACAGAUGUUUGUCCAUGGGAGACAGAAGAGCCAGUCAAGACCUUGCAGAAACAGGAUAGUGUCCGUACAAAUGUUUGUCCAUGGGAGACAGAAGAGACGGUAAAGUCCUUGCAGAAGCAAGACAGUGUCUGUACAAAUGUUUGUCCUUGGGAGACAAGCAAGUCUGUUAAGACCAUACAGAAACAAGACAGUGUCCGUACAAAUGUAUGUCCAUGGGAGACAGAAGAGCCAGUCAAGACCUUGCAGAAACAAGAAAGUGUCCAUGCAGAAGUUUGUCCAUGGGAGACAGAAGAGCCUGAAAAGGCCUUGCAGAAACAAGACAGUGUUCUUUCAGAUGUUUGUCCAUGGGAGAAAAAUGAGCCAGUGAAGACCUUACAGAAGCAAGAUCGUGUCUGUUCAGAUGUCUGUCCAUGGGAAUCAAACACAUCAGCGAUUCAAUCAGUGCCACAAGACUCCCCUCGUACGGUCCCAACAAAAAGUCAAGAAAGUGCUCAAGAAUCUGUCUGUCCCUGGGAAACUAACAUGGGAACAACAGCAACAACAGAAGCCAGCACAAGUCAAACUGUCCUAGACACAAUCAGAACACACCCUUCAGACACACAGACUGCAGAAGAGUUACGGGUUAACCCUCCUCUAGCUAGACGUGAUGCAUUAUGUCCCUGGGAAAUGGAAGGGGGGCGACAAGAAUCUAUAACCAUGCAUGAUAAUUUAGAUGUCUUCACUUGGGAGGAGACAAUCCCAGAGGAAGAUGAUGGUGAUGCAGAAACUGCUGCAGAGGCCUUCAUCUUCCCUCCAGACCUGUAACCCACAAGGGAAGUAUCAUUGUGCUUUAUAUACCUUGGAAGACAUUGUAACAAGGACCACUGGUUACAUUCGGGCUUUAUGCAGAAUGUUCCUCCACAGCAGUAGGCAUGCUUUACUGACUGUUAUUUAAGGAAGGAUUCCUGCUAUUGCAAUUUUCUCCCUAGUCAGCUUAAUAAACUGUAUCUGGAGACUGACUGAAAUCAGGACAGAACUGCUCUCCGGUGCGCAUUCCCUUCUGGCCUUACAUUACUACAAACCCCAUUUUAUUUGGUAUUGUUAUGUGUGUAUUUGUGUUUAUAUGGCUGUGUAGAUAAUAUUGUCUGUAAAACCUACAUCACCAACAUUUCCUUGGUGGAACAUUAAGAAGGUUUAUUUCCAUGUAUUUUCAGUAAAAAACAAACAAACAUCACAUCAAUACUACCAAUUAACUAAGUGAAGAGAAAAAUUGGCCUGGGGUGCGUUUCCCAAACAACAACAUAACUCGCGACUGUUGUGACGAGUGUUUCCCAAAACCAUAGUUUCUCUGUCGUAGAUACAUUGUUUGAACCACGUAAGUUAUAUCGUUAAACGCCCAUAAUGAUGAAAGAAAAAAACAUCCAAUAUUAGUUGUAGUAAAAACAUGCACUCGUUUUGAUGGUCUCAGAUAUACAUCAUCAUGUUAAUUUUAAUUUUUAGCUCUCUGCAACUCAUGGUCCCCCACUGAAGCGAAGCAGGGCUGCACCCGGUCAGUACCUGGAUGUGAGCCCUCAUGGGAAAGCUAGAUUGCUCUCGGAAGUUGUUAGUGAGACCAGCAGGAAGUGCCCAACCUGCUGUCUGAAUGGGUCCUAACGCCCCAGUAUAUUGAUGGGGGGACUCUAUACUUCUCAGUGAGAGCCGUCUUUCAGAUGAGCGUUAAACCGAGGUCAUUUAAAUCCCAGGAUGUCCUUCGAAAAAAGUAGGGGUUUAACUAGAGAUGGGGACUCCAAAAGAGUUGAUUCCUUGACUCAAUGGACCUACGUGAACACUUAUUCAUUUUGAAUUUCGCAACCACAAGUACUCAUAAAUAAUUAGUUUCAUUUUUAAAUUCCUAUAACCUUUUGCGAUUUGGUUUUAAAGAUGAUCUGCCUGUGAUGUUAAGUUUGCUGUGUUAUAAAUGAAAUAUAGCACAUUUGUUUAAAUUUAAAGGGGAAUGACAUCUUACAUAAGCACUGCAGGUAAAAUUACGAUGUUAUUAGUUGCUAUCUCUGCCUGUUUCACAAUAAAUUUAUUAAUUGAUUAAAUAUUUUAAAAACACUAAUCAUAAUGACAAAAGUAGCCUAGAUUUAUUUAUUGACAAAACAUGUCGUCCUGUUUUGUUUUUUUGCCCUAGACGCACUUGUUUUCACCUCUAAUAUUUAGGCUAUUCUUCUUGUUUAUUUUGCAGAUGAAUACAAAUUGCAUGCAUUAAAAUUAAGAUACAAUUCAAAACAAACUAAAUAAGUUUCAAAAAGAGGAUUUUUAAAUUAAAAAUAUAGCCACGGCUAAGUGUUCAAAAACAGGUCUAACUCGCUCCUUUUCUUCAGGCUUAUGCUGUCCCACUAACACACUCUAAUUUAAUUACAAUAAACAAAUAGCACAAAACAAACAGCGAUAUUUCAAAGUAAAGGAACAGGCUAUUUAACAGUAGACUUUAAAAAAACACAUUUAAGAGUGAGAGAAUAAUAUGAUAGGCUGCUUUGAGGCAGUCUAUCACACUGCUUUUGUUAUUUUAGGUUUGUUAUGGAAUAUUUAAGUUAAAAAAAUCUGUGGGUUUAAUAUUUAAUUAGUCAUUGAAUCAAAUUAAAAAGCUAUUUUGUUUAUUGAUCGUUUGAAACGUCUGUACAAAUACAGCAACAACCACAGACCGUCUGCUACUCCAGAUUAUUUUGUUUACUCAGUACUCUGUAUUCAACUAUCAAACAUCAUAUUCAGAAGAUAUUUAGGCUAUUUAAUGAUUUUUAUUUAAUCGUUUUUGGGCUCAAUUUGGGUGUUUUUUUUAAUUUGUUAAUUAACUGUUACACAUCUUUUUAUUAAAUAUGUUGAUAAUAAAAAGAUGUUUUAACUUUGACAAGUUUAGAUCAUUUAUUAAAUUACAUUGCAAUCUUGGAGACAAUUCAAAUAUGUUGUAAAUAAUAUAGACUUAUAACUAUUUGACUGCAGAUAAUUUAAACUGCAGAUUUUUUGCUGUCGCUAUUUCAAGUGAAUCCAAAAUUAGGAGUCGAGAAUCAGUCAACUCAAAAAACCUGAAACCGAACACCCCUAGGUUUAACCCCUGCAUCUUGGCCAAAUUUGCUCACUGCCCUCUGUUCAUCAUGGCCUCCUAACCAUCCCCAUAUCAUAAUUGUCUUCAUCCCUCAGUCUCCUCUCCACCAAUCAGCUGGUGUGUGUU